GCCCAUCUAUCCUCCAAUAGCUGUUUAUAUCUUACCCUAACUGCCUCCUCUUUUUGUUUAUGAACCUUCACCUUUCUCUUCCUUGAUGCUUCUAUUCUCCUUGUAUCCCAUCUACCUUUUACUCUCAGUGUAGCUACAACUAAAAAGUGAUCUGAUAUAUCUGUGGCCCCUCUAUAAACAUGUACAUCCUGAAGUCUACUCAACAGUCUUUUAUCUACCAAUACAUAAUCCAACAAACUACUGUCAUUUCACCCUACAUCAUAUCUUGUAUACUUAUUUAUCCUCUUUUUCUUAAAAUAUGUAUUACCUAUAACUAAACCCCUUUCUGUACAAAGUUCAAUCAAAGGGCUCCCAUUAUCAUUUACACCUGGCACCCCAAACUUACCUACCACACCCUCUCUCAAAGUUUCUCCUACUUUAGCAUUCAGGUCCCCUACCACAAUUACUCUCUCACUUAGUUCAAAUGUUCCUAUACAUUCACUUAACAUCUCCCAAAAUCUCUCUCUCUCCUCUACAUUCCUCUCUUCUCCAGGUGCAUACAUGCUUAUUAUAACCCACUUUUUGCAUCCAACCUUUACUUUAAUCCACAUAAUUCUUGAAUUUACACAUUCAUAUUCUCUUUUCUCCUUCCAUAACUGAUCCUUCAUCAUUAUUGCUACCCCUUCCUUACCUCUAACUCUCUCAGAUACUCCAGAUUUAAUCCCAUUUAUUUCUCCCCACUGAAACCCCCCUGCCCCCUUCAGCUUUGUUUCGCUUAGGGCCAGGACAUCCAACUUCUUUUCAUUCAUAACAUCAGCAAUCAUCUGUUUCUUGUCAUCCGCACUACAUCCACGCACAUUUAAGCAUCCCAGUUUUAUAAAGUUUUUCUUCUUCUCUUUUUUAGUAAAUGUUUACAGGAGAAGGGGUUACUAGCCCAUCGCUCCCGGCAUUUUAGUCGCCUCAUACGACACGCAUGGCCAAUAGAAGAAAUUAGAACAAGAGCUAUUUAGAAAAAGGAGAAAAACCUAGAUGAGUAACUUGGUGGAGUUCCAGGGUCAUCUUACUGGUAAGGGUGUUCAUCUGCUGCCUCCCAGCCUCAAGUACCUCUCCCUGCAUGUGUUGAGUGACGACCAUGCUCACAGCCUCCUACCACAGCUGCACCAUGCUAUCACGUCCACACUACAUCAGCUGGUGUACCUAAGUGUGAAAGUAACAGGAGGAGUGUCAGCAGCAGCGCUGACAUCACUACCCAGCACACCACGAGUGGAACUGGUGUUGGUUGACCUGAGUGAUGCUAGUGUGAAUGAUGCAAGUAAUGUGAUCAAGGCACUGAAACCAACAGGAGGGUACGAGUUUAUCAAGUGUGUGUCCAGCACACUGACAGAAGUUGGCAUCCAAGACAUGAUCAAUGGCCUGCAUCAGCACAGUAUCCAGCUGAAGGAAGGUCUCAUGAUCUACACCAGCGUGUCCCUCACCAUGCAUGACGAGGACCACCUGUCCACCCUUAUUAAGGAAAAACUCAACUCUACCCUCAAAGUAAUUUGGUGAUUAGCAAAACCUGGAUAACAAAAAAAGGCACAAUACCGUGACUGGAACGAUACACAAAUAACCCGCACAUAGAAGAGAGAAGCUUACGACGAUGUUUCGGUCCGACUUGGACCAUUUACAUAGUCACACUAACCAGAAGUGGAGCACAACGGCUAUAUAUAGGCAGGAAGAGGUAGUGGUGGUGGUGGUAGUAGUGGUAGUAGUAGUAGUAGUAGUAGUAGUAGUAGUAGUAGUAGUAGUAGUAGUAGUAGUAGUGGUAGUAGUGGGGAACUAAGGAGGAGGAGCCAGUCAAUAUAAAGACAGGGGAGCACUGCAAGGCAGCUAGGUGCCCACAAGGGAACUAGGUGCCCACAAGGGAGCUAGGUGCCCACAAGGGAGCUAGGUGCUGUUACGCCCUUUGUGCAUAAUUGAAGAAGGGUCAAUUGAUUAAUGUAUAAUUACGGCUUUUUCACUUAGUAUUAUAUUACUGGUACCUUUAUUCAUAGCUAAAAUAGAGACUCCUAGUUUUAUAAUAUUAUCUGGCCAUGAAUUAUUGAUUUAUUUUGUAGGAUGUUUUGUGUUUAUAUGUUGACUUGCCUUGUGGUCGCUUAUGCUUCACAAACUCACUCAUUCCGAGGUGACGUCAAGCAAGGGAGUUUUACUCAUAGCAGUUCAUUCUCACCUCUGGUAGAGAAAGCACCAGGCCAUGGAGCUCCCUUAUUCUCUUGUUGCAAGUCUCAGGAGAACCUUUGAACCAGGAUUCUUAGGUUCAACCAAGGUUGCUUGGAUUACUUCAGUCUGGGAAUAUUUGACGGGUUGUGUCUGUGCUGUCAGCCAUUUAGUGAAGCAAUACACCACAUCUCUGUUCUCCAACCAUAGUCUUUAACCAGUUCUAGCUGUAGUGUAUAUAAUUGAUUGAGGAGGUGGUAUAGGCACCCUAUCUAGUGUUUCAUUGUUCUUGACAUUGCUUAUGAAACUACAGUGAUUGUGUACAUAUGAAUAUAUAAGAAAAGGUAUACCUAAAUUUUAUCAACUAUUUAAAUUACUAAGUGACUCUAUAAGCUUAGUAUUAUACUGAAUAAAACCAGAUAAAUCAUUAUAGAACUUUUUUGCCUUAUAUUUAUAUAUGUGUAUUUAAAAAGAGUAAGAAGACCUAAGUGGAUCUUCACCUGUUGUUACUAACGGGUCUCCUCUCUGAAAAGAAAGACUCAAAACGUAACAAGUGGGGGCCUGUCCGGGAGAUAUCCCGACUAUAUCUUCCCAAUGGAAGUUCACAUACAGCAACUGGUUAAUGAAUUGACUUUGGAUAAGUUAGAGACUUUGAAACUGCAGACGUGCUGGCAGAUAGCGAAGCAUUUAGGGGUGACAUAUAACAAUCGUUAUAUCACAGAAACCGUUUGGCCUAUUAUAAGGAAUAUCUUAUUCCCCAUACCUCCUGAAGUUUCUGAGUCACCUGAUUCAGAGAUCGAAAGUCUAACAUCCCAGAUGGAUCGUAUGUCUCGAGUAAACGAUCUAGAGGCAUCAGGUGGAGCCAGCAAAUCAGCCCCUGGAAGUCCUACAAAUUCCUUAGUUGCGGAGAGUAUGUCAAUGCCAGGAGCAGAGGAAAUGUCACGUGACAAACUUCCCCCUGAAAGGGAAAAUGAAGCAGGGGCUUCUAAUAGUCCGUCGCCGACGGACUCAUACGUCGCCUCAUACGACAUGCAUGGCUUACAGAGGAAAGAUUCUUUUCCACUUCCCCAUAGUUAGAAUUAAGUAUAAGACAAAGUAAAUAUUCUAAAGCUAUAAAAUAGUACCUGAAUUAUUUUAACAAAUGUAAAAAAUAUGAGAUAAGGUAGCUCUUAAAGCUAAAAUAAAUGAGGCAAUAUAAAAGGGACUAAAAUAAUUUGUGGUGAACAAAAAAGUGGUAAUCAAAUAAAUGAAUAUAAUGGCAAAAUAAUGAGCUUAUUACACUUUAGCACUUGAGAAUAGCACCUUGAUUAUUUUAACAGCUGUGAAUAUAUGAACUAAAGUUGUUAUAUAAAGCUAAAAUAAAAGAGAGAAAAUAUCAGGGACUAAAUUAAGUAAUGGUAAACAAAGUUAAAAUGACAGAUAGUCACUAUGAUAUAAUAUUGAUUUGGGAGUAAAAUCUGAUUUGUUAUAUAUAAUAAGUUGAGCAAUAUAUUGUACUAUAAAAAGUAAAAAAAAUAAUAUGAGGUAGUUGUUACUAGUUAGCAAAAGAUAGUUAAGGGCCUUGAACAAUGAUAUAAUUGAAAUGUACACUAAUUGCACACACAAUAUAGUCACUAAGAUAUGAAUAUAAUCUUAGAGUAGGAUUUGCCUUAUAGCAUAAAGUUUGAGCAGUUAAUAUCACUAUAUGAAUAUUUUUGAGGUAGUUGGUACUAGCUAGUGAGGGAUGGUAAAGGAAUUGCACAGUAGUGUAGUAGGAACAUACACUAGUUAGUUAUUUGUAGUUAGGGAGAAAAGGGGAAAAUUUGGUAAGAUUAUUAGAGAAUUUAAACAGGGCUUAAGUAGGAAAGAAAAAGGUAAAACAGAUAUUAAUAAAGAGUAGGUAUCCUAUUAACAAAUAAUAAUUUGUGAAUAGGGAAUCUGGGAAAAUAACACAAAAGGGGUCACACAAAGAACUGUGUGGGACACAUAGGAUAAUGAGGUAGUAAAAUACUAUCUUGGAGGUGAUAGUACAGGGAUUAGUUCAAUAAUUACAUAGUAACAUACACUAACGUAAUAAGAAAUUGGCCACUGAUAUCAGUCAGACUGUAAUGUUUGCAUCAUGAAGGAAGAUUGCUAGAUCAUUUUCAUUUGUAAUGUAGUAAACACGGCUUAUAUUUGUUUUUCUUACUAGAAUUUGUCCAUCACGUACAAAGCAUUAUAUCAUUAUUCUCACGUUUCAGUUUUCUCACUCUGUACAGGAAGUUCUGUCGUUUUCUUGUGAGACUCAUUUAUGUAUAUAUCUUUUUUUGCUUUGAUAGAUGAAAUUAUUAGAUCUUUUUUCCUGUCUUGUGUGUGAAAUCUGAGCAUAACACUUUUUCUACUUUGGUUCCCUAGUAACCACGAUUCUUUUAUU